CCCCCAGACUCUUGCGCUUUUUGGCUUUUUUGUGCUGUUUGGCAGAUGGUGAGGGUUCACUCUGGCUGCCCUCUGGCUCCUCCUUCUGCAGUGGCAGCCCGGGUGGCAGCUCAGCUUCGGUCCUAGGAUGGGCAUGGUGGCUAGGCCCUGGAAGGCUGAAGGACCAGAGCCAGGGACAAGAGGCCUGAGGAACCAGCCUUCAGCCCCUGGCUCCUAUGCCCUGAGCCCAGGGGAUAGCCCUGCCUGCCCACCAUCGUAUGGCUAGAUAUCUGUCCCCUUCCUAGUCAGUGAUGAGGGGCCAAGCCCAACAGCAGCCCAGAGGUCAUGUGAGCUCAGUCCUCUAUAAGACCUUGAGGCUCCAUCUCUCUUGGUGCUCCCUACGCAGCUCUUGAGGAACAGAAGGGGUGGAGAUUGAUGGUAGUGGCAGGGGACAAGAAUCUGCCCUGCAGGAGUGCAGGAUUUAGGCAUCCUACUGCCCUGUGAGCCCCACCCCCGCCUGUAACUCCUUCCCUCUGAAAGCCCCCUUACUUGACUGGUUUCCUCUUGGGACCAUGGCUGGGCCUCACAUGGGAGGCCAUAGGCCUGGGGCCUCUCUCCUCUAGUGCCACCACCUCUGGCUUGAGCCUCUCUUCCUCCAGUGUGAGUCUCUCCUGGAGCUCUGGCUCUGAGGCUGCUCCUGUUGGACACUUGUCCUCACCCUGGGUCUGGCAGGCUUCAUGGGCUGGCACCAGGCACUGGUCUCCCAUCAGUGGACACUAGAGGUGACAUAUAGGUAACUGGUCACCAUGGCCAGGCAAAGGAUAUAAGGAUCAAUCAUUGGACGCCCAUUAGACAUCAAACACCAGAUAAAGGGCACCAGACCACACCCCUCCCGCCUGUAGAGGCCGGCCUGGCAGUUAGAAUUCGGCCCCCUAGAGUACCGCGGACAAGUGUUUGAAGGCUUGACAGUCUGACGGUCACCUCAGAGGUCUGAGCGUGGCCACCGGGCGCCUCUGCGAGCUGUACCGGCCCCACAGCCUCCUGGGCCCCUGGCUGCCUCUCGGCCCCUGCUGAGGCCAUGGCAGCGCGGAGUCAGUGCAUCUUCGACGGCUGCUUGGGGGGCAGGGUGGGUCCCGAGGGGCUGGACCCGUGGCCUCCCGCGCUGACCGGGAGACUGGCUGGGAGGGAAAGUGAUGGUCCAGCCGGGAAGAGAGGCUGGUGGCCGUGCGUCAACCCUCAGCUGAACUACAACCCCCAGAAGCCUUUGCGCCAGGGUUAUCAACCCCUGACCUCCGGACGGAAGCCAGUGUUGCCUGGCAACAACAACUCCCGUCGUUGGCGCCAAAGCUGUUCAAGUGAGCCCCUGCCCGAGCGUUGCGGGGGAGGGGCCGCGAGCGGGAAGGGAAGCGGGCUGGGGUCGGAGGAGGCGAGUGCAGGCUGUGCCCCGAGGGCAGGAGGGGACCGGGAAUGGAAGGCACGGUCUGGGUCCGGGUCCAGGGAGGAGGCGUGGGGCAGGGGGAGGGGUUCCGGGGUAGGAGGUGCGCCGCCUGCCAGGUCUCGGUGCACCGCUAUAGGGCGCGACAUGUGCGAGGGCCCGUCCCGCAUCUCGGGGCCCAUCCCCCCAGACCCUACGCUCUGCCCUGACUACUACCGGCGGCCGGCCUCAGCCCAAGGGCGCCUUGAGGGAAACGCGCUCAAGCUGGACCUGCUGACCUCAGACCGGGACCUGGACGCCAUCCCACCCCGUGGCCCGCGCAUUGGUCCCGGAGCCCGAGAGAUCCUGGAGCACGGCCAGCGUGGCGUUGUGGGCGUGCUGUUGCAACUCGGGGACAUCUCCCUAGGUCCGGGGCCUUCUCUCAAGAGGAAAGGCCCUAAGGACCAUGAGAAGGAGAACCUGAGGCGGAUCAGGGAGAUCCAGAGGCGCUUCAGAGAGCAGGAGCGAAGUCGCGAGCAGGGGCAGCCUAGGCCCCUGAAGGCUUUGUGGCGCUCACCUAAAUACGACAAGGUGGAGUCCCAGGUCAAGGCCCAGCUCCAGAAACCUGGCCCUGCCUCUGGGACAGAGUCUACCCACUUUCUGCGGGCCCACUCCCCUUGUGGACCUGGGCUGCCACCGCCCCGUGUCCCUGGUUCCCAGCUAACCCCACCAGGUCCUAAAGCUAAGGGGCCAGGCCCGGGUGUGGACUUCAUUAGUCGCAAUGUCCAAGCUGCCAGAAAGGCCCCCCGGCGGCAUUCCCGCUCGCUGCAGGUCCUUGCACAGGUGCUAGAGCAGCAACGGCAAGCCCAGGAGCACUACAAUGCCACACAGAAGGGCCACGUGCCCCGCUACUUGUUGGAGCGCAAGGAUAUGUGGCGACAGGAGGCUGAGGCCCGCCAGCGUAGCCAGCCAGACCCUACCAUGCCCCCUGGCCACACUCGCAUGCCUGAGAACGAGCGACUGGAGAUGCUGAGCAAUCUGCUCCAGAGCCAGAGCCAGCUGCUGCGUGAGCUGAUACUGCUGCCUGCUGGGGCAGACUCGCUGAGAGCCCAGGGCCACCGUGCUGAGCUGGACAGGAAGCUGAUGCAGUAGGCGCAGUGGCGGGGGCCCGCUGGCCAGGGCCCGGUGCAGGCUGUCGUCGUUGGUGAGGGGCAGCAGGUCACCGUGAGCAUCCGUAUACCCAAGUAGCACGUCCAGGCCUGAGAUCUGGUGCACGGCACGCAGCAACCGCGAGAACUCCUGGAAGCCGCUCACUGAAGCGCGGGGCAACGCGAAGCGUCGGAACUCAGCGUCAAACUGGAAGCCAGGGGUGGGGGGAGAGAAGGGGUCAGGACAGAGCCUGCAUCCUUUUCUCACCACAGGUCGGAGGCUGGCAGGGGUGGGAAAAAAGGGCUACUACAAAAGCUUAAGCCUUAAGCCUAGACCUCAGCUCCAGUACAAGGGAAGGUCUUCUCCCCGCCUUCCAGGUACCCAGGCCCCAGAGGGACUCUGGAGGUCAGCAGUGGAAGGAAGGAGGAUGGAUGGAUGGAGGAAAGCAAGCAGAAGAGGAGAAUAGGA